GCAGCCUCGCCCGCCAGAGGGCCGGGCACGCCUCCCUGCCGGACCUGCGCAGCGGCAGGCCGGACCGGUCCAGCCGCGCCAAGCAGCCGCGCCCCGCGCGCACGCGCAGCCUCUGCGGCGCGGGCGCGGGCGGCGAGGGCCGCGCUGGCACCACGUCGCCGGGGCCGCGCGAGAAGCCCGCGGCGGCCCGGGCUGGCUCGCCCCUGGACGACCGGCCGGCAGGGGGCCUCGCGUCCCUGCAGGGCCCCGGCCAGCGCCCCGCAUCCGUGCAGGGCCGCCCAGGCGUCGCGCAGGGCCCCGUCCAGCGCUUCCCCGCCGCGCCCAUGCAGGACAUCUCGGAGGAGCGCUGGGCAGAGGCCGAGGUGGCGCCGCCUUGGGCGGCCCCAGGCAGGCGGAGCUCAGAGAGGGCCGUAAUGCCCGGCGUCUUCUCCGAGCAGCUGCAGAUGCUCAUUGUCGACCACGGGCCCCUGCGCCUGGCGCGGCAGGACUCGGUUGGCUCGAGCAGCACGCGCAAGAGGCUGGCUCGUGUUGGCAGCGCCGCGGCGCUUGACCAGUCACGCCCUGCGACUUGCCACCUGCCGUGGGACUUCACGCGGACGAGCUGGGCGGCCACAUGGGACCUCGACAUGCCGCGGUCGCAGGGGCACUCGCGCGGGGCACCGCGCCUCGCCAGGUUUCGUGCAGCUGGUCCCGCCACCGCGCCAGCAGGCGCCAUGAGGGACUCCAGGAGCCCCGGAAGCUUGCUGGAGCAGCCGCGCCUGCGGCAGCUGCCCCGCUCGAACGGCACCGUGGGCUCGCAGACUUGGCAGCCGGGCGCGCUGCUGGGCAACCUGGACACCUACUUCUCCAUGCGCGGGCCUCUGCCGGCCUUCCACGGCGGCAGCGGGGACCUCGGCGAGCCGCCCGCGGGCGAGUCGCCGGCGCACGAGCCGCGGCAGCGUGCGGCAGCCGGGCCUGCCGGGGCUCCCCGGCCGCGCGAGCUGCGGGUCGCUGCCGAGGCCGCUGGCGCUGGGCGCCCGCCGCGAGAGCGAGGCCGGCGGGUCUGCGACGGCGAAGAGCAGGAGGUCGGCCGAGGGGACUCCGACCGUCGCCUUCCACCUCGAGGAGGACAGCGACGAGGACGCCGACGAGGACGGCUUGCCAAACCUCGAGCUUAA